CUCUUCCGGCAUCCGCCUGGGGACGAGGAGGGCCCAGGGAGAGCCGGAGUCGGGCCGGGCUAGCCUCCGGCCCCGACGCGCAGCAAGCCUUUUCCUCGGGUCUGGCCCGCACGCCUCGCCCAGUCACCAGAACCCCGCCAUCCAUGUAGUGCCAGUUUGUGCACACGGCUGGGACACGCUCCCUGCUCUCAAUACACCUGGUGUAGCCGGGGAGAGAGUUGUAGGCCAGCAGGAAAGGGCAAGUGGCUGGGAGACUCGAGCUGUGAGUGUGUAGAAGAGGGAGCCCCUUAUCGGAUCUGAGGAGACAUUCACUGGUUUAUUCUCUCAUUGAGCAAAUGCUUACUGGUCGCUUACCAUAUUCCAGACAUACUGCUGGGUCUGGGAGCAAGAGUGGGAGUUUGGUUGGGACCACACGAGAUCCUGGGAUGUCAGCAUUGGAAGGGCCCCCAGAGAUCUGAGAGUCCAACCCUUUGUCUCACGUGCCAUCUCAGUUGCAAAGCGGGUUUAGAUCCCAGGUUGUCUGCCUCCCAGACCAAAGUUCUUUCUAUAACAUCAGCCUUUGUCAGGGGAGAAGCAGGUGCUCUGGUACUACUUGGCGCCUUUUGGGAGGAGCUCUCAUAUGGGGAGAGGUGGUUUGCCCUCCUGCUUCAGCCUUGACAGCUGAUAAACGUAACCCCUCCUCACCGUGCUGGACAGUUUGCCAAGCUCUUAAACACCCAUUUUAUCAGAAUUAAACAUCCAUUUUCUAGGGUAGGUUAUCUUCUCAGAUGGUGAAGCUGAGCUGCUUGUAGCAUUAAGUGUCUUGAUCAGGUUCGCACCCCAAUAAGCAAAGGCAUGAAGAGCUCAGUCUUCUGAUCUAACUUGCUCUUUGCACUACAUCUUAUCCACUCUCACCUGGUGGGAUAGCUUGUUCCGCUAUCAAUAACAGCCAGUGGUGAUGUGGAGAAGGGAUCAUUUGGGGCCUUAGGUAUUGCUGAUUCUAAAAAGAUCGUAGUUUUUGAAUUAUGUUAAAAUAUUUGAAUUAUUUUGUGUUUUCAAAUACUUAUGCAUAUAAGAGCAUCCAAAUUUGUUCUUUAAAAAUAAAAUAUUGGGACAGGCGUGGUGGCUCAUGCCUGUAAUCCCAGCACUCUGGGAGGCUGGGUGGAGGGUGGAUCGGUAGGUAGUUUGAGACCAACCUGGCCAUCGUGGCGAAACCCGUCUCUACUAAAAAUACAAAAAUUAGCUGGGCAUAGUGGCACGUGCCUGUAAUCCCAGCUACUCCGGAAGCUGAGGCAGGAGAAUCGCCUCAACCCGGGAAGUGGAGUUUGCAGUGAGCCGAGAUUGCACCACUGCACUUCAGCAUGGGCAACACAGUGAAACUCCGUCUCAAAAUAAAUAAUGAAAUAAAAUCUUAGGAAAAUGUGUACAUUAAUUCAUUCAGUGUUCUUCUAACACAUGUGCUAAGUGACCCCUGUGUUCCCAGAUAGUUCUAGGUGAUGCGAAUAUACAGUGAUGAAUAAAGGAGAUAUGGUCUUUACACUUUUGAGAGUUUAAGUCAUAGUGGAAGGAGAUAGACAGUAAACAAGUAAGCUAAUAAAAGAGCACCUGAUAGUGAUUAGUGUUGUGAAGAAAAUAAAAUAUUAGUGUGAAAAUAACAGGGGCCGGGCGUGGUGGCUCACGCCUGUAAUCCCAGCACUUUGGGAGGCCUAGGCGGGCGAAUCACCUGAGGUCAGGAGUUCAAGACCAGCCUGACCAACAUGGAGAAACCCCAUCUCUACUAAAAAUACAAAAUUAGCCGGGGUGGUGGCACAUGCCUGUAAUCCCAGCUACUCAGGAGGCCGAAGCAGUAGAAUCGCUUGAACCCGGGAGGUGGAGGUUGCGGUGAGCCAAGAUCGUGCUUUUGCACUCCAGCCUGGACAACAAGAGCAAAACUCCGUUUAAAAAAAAAAGAACAUAACUGGGAGGGAUACUCAGGAAAUGUAUUGGUUUUCUUAAAACCUGUCUUGUGAUCCUAAACUCUCUUUAGCCUUUCUUAUUCUCAAAAACACCAUUUGUGGCGUGGUCCUCUGCGGAGAAUGGUAGCAGCGUGAGGUGGAGGCACCACAAUCCCUGGUCAUCUGGGCCAAAAGCAGCUCAUAGCCCAUUUCUAUUCAGAUCUGUGUACAGGUGUUCAUAAGACCAAGAUGAAUAAGACACUGUGUUCCUGUUAAAGGGUUCAUGUUCCCUUCUGUGUUAGUCCAUUCUUGCACUAAUACUUGAGACUGGAUGAUUUCUAAAGAAAAGAGGUUUAAUUGACUCAUGCUUCUGCAGGCUAUACAGGAAGCAUAGUGGCUUCUGCUUCUGGGGAGACCUCGGGAAGCUUCCAGUUAUGGUGUAAGGCAAAGGGGGAGGGAGGCAAGAUUAGGAGCGGGAUUAGGAGCAAGAGGGAGUGAGGGGGGAGAUGCUACACACUUUUAAACAACCAGAUCUUGGGAAAACUCGCUAUCACGAGAACAGCACCAAAGGGAUGGUGCUGAACCAU